AUGAUCAGACAACUCCGGCUCUCCGACGGCACACGGCGGCGACUGCUGAAGCAACGGCAUAGUCAGCUCGUGCAGCGCAAAGAACUUCGUCUCCGUCAAUACGUCGACGAGCUCAAGAUGCGCGAUGCUGCCCGCGAAUCAUUAUUGAUAUCCAUAAAGAAUCGUCUGGUGGAGCACUGUCACCGGCUUGUUGAGCCCGGUGCAGAAGACAUUGCUGUUUCCAGCAGCGACGACAGUAUCACUGAUGUUGUGGAUGAGUUCGAUCGGCGGCUUCGAGAUCGACUUUCAAGAGUCGAGUUGUGUUUAACCACGAAGUCACGCUUGGUUCGGCUCUGCCGCCAGUACGAUCGCUCUGCAAUGGAAAGUGCAGCGUGCAUUACCGACGACGAUGCUGUCGACGACAUUGUGGCUGAGCUCGAAAGAUGCAUAGGUCGGAAAUUUGAGGCGCAGAAACAACGACAUCGCGAACAGAUCGAGCAAUCGAAACGACGACAUGACAUCGCCAUCGAUGAUCACAAGCGUUUUCUGCAAGCAUCCUUGCAAUCCUUUGAACAGCAGAAGCAGCGCCACGGCACCCAGGUCAGUAAAUGGAAGGUAAAAUGUGACGCCAUCGAACAACAAGUAGCGGAGUACGAGGAUGUCUUGGCUGAGACACAAGAAUUUGCGAGGCAGUAUGAUCAGCUUGCUCAUUCGUUAGAGUCGACCCAGAAGACUCUCGACGAGGUGAAAGCACGGAGUGAGCGACGAGAAACCUCACUGCGUGAUGCUCAGCAAGAGGUGGCUUCAGCUCGAGAUAGAAUCCAUGAUGUGGAACAGCAGAUGCUCGGCACUCAGAAAUUGCUCGAGCACGAGAGAACCAAAUCCAAAACCAUCGAGGACUCUCUGACCACACUGCAACUUCGAAUGAUUGAAGCCCAAGACAAUUUCGCUACGCUGCGAAAACAAAAAGACGACAACUUGGAGCAGAUCAGAGCUAAGGUUAUAAACGCAGCCCUGCAAAUUGUCUCACUCACACGUCGGGGCGACGUGUGCGUCCAGCCAGUUGCUGAGGGUUUCCAUUGCGCACACGGCCGACAAGAGCUUAGCGCGAUCACUCACUGUGGCUGGAUCUUGUGCAAUGAGUGUUGGAUGGACCGUAUCGGUGGAGGUACUCGAUGUAUAUGGUGUCAUAAGACUGAGUGUGGAACGACGGGGUUGCCCCUGAUCGCUGUACAAAGCGACAUGGAUAGCUGGAAUCAGGAAGCUUGUGCUGUGGCAGCACGAUUGGAGUCGGUAUGUUGA